UGAUUAUAGUACUAGCUAGAAAUUUCACUUGCUUUCAACACCAACACCAGUAUUGAUACUUUCUCAACCAAUAGAGUACUUUUGAGCAUGAGAGAACAUUUUCCACGUCAUCCAUUCCUCAAAUCUCCGGCGACCGCGGCUUGUAAGUCAUCCGUUAAUGCCGUUUGCAGCCUCGCUAUGCCAACGUUUUUCUCACAGGACAUGAUGAUGGGAAAAAUAAAAGACAAUUGUUCAAGGCAAAGGAAGGCGGUCGCAGCUAUUCAGCCCGUGGCGGAUAUAGCCUCAAGCCUAUGUAUAGUUGACACACUCCAGAGGUUGGGUGUCGACCGCUACUUCCAAUCCGAUAUCGACGAAAUUCUAGAGGAACCAUACAGAGGAACGCAAGGAAAAUACAGGAAACACUGUGAGUCUUCUCCUAGCAGCUAACAAAGAUGAUAGCAGCUUUACUGAAGAAGAAGCCAUUAAAAAUGCAAAAGAAAUGGCAACAGAAGACAACUGCUGCAGAGAUUGUGUAUAAAAAUGGAACCAUUUUCCCAAGAAAAUGCAGAGAUAUGUUUUUGAAGGUAUUCAGAAUUGGGUGUUAUUUGCAUGCCAGCGGUGAUGAAUUCACAUCUCCAGACCAUAUGAAAUCAAUAUUGGUUUAUCAUACCUGAGUAUUUUAUUUGCUCUACCCAAAUUAAAAUAAAUACUACUAAU